AUGGGCCCGCGCGGGGUGCUGCUCUGCCUGCUCCCCCUGGUGCGAGCCGCCGAGCGCCCCGAGGGCCGGGCCGACGAGCCGGGCCUGGAGGCGGCCCUGGCCGUGCCCAACGCCUCGCACUUCUUCUGGAGCAACUACACCUUCUCCGACUGGCAGAACUUUGUGGGCCGGAGGCGCUACGGGGCCGAGUCCCAGAACCCCACGGUGAAAGCCCUGCUCAUCGUGGCUUACUCCUUCAUCAUCGUCUUCUCGCUCUUCGGCAACGUGCUGGUCUGUCAUGUCAUCUUCAAGAACCAGCGGAUGCACUCGGCCACCAGCCUCUUCAUCGUCAACCUGGCGGUCGCCGACAUCAUGAUCACGCUGCUCAACACGCCCUUCACCUUGGUCCGCUUUGUGAACAGCACAUGGGUGUUCGGGAAAGGCAUGUGCCACGUCAGCCGCUUUGCCCAGUACUGCUCUCUGCAUGUCUCAGCACUGACGUUGACGGCCAUUGCUGUGGACCGCCACCAGGUCAUUAUGCAUCCAUUAAAACCCCGGAUCUCGAUCACAAAAGGUGUCAUCUAUGUCACGGUCAUCUGGACCAUGGCUACGUUCUUUUCACUCCCACACGCCAUCUGCCAGAAAUUAUUUACCUUCAAGUACAGCGAGGACGUUGUCCGCUCCCUGUGCCUGCCAGACUUCCCUGAGCCAGCUGACCUCUUCUGGAAGUAUCUGGACUUGGCCACCUUCAUCCUGCUUUAUAUCCUACCCCUCCUCAUCAUCUCCGUGGCCUAUGCCCGCGUGGCCAAGAAGCUGUGGAUGUGCAACACGAUCGGCGAUGUGACCACGGAGCAGUACCUGGCCCUGCGGCGGAAGAAGAAGAAGACCAUGAAGAUGCUGAUGUUGGUGGUGGUCCUCUUUGCCCUCUGCUGGUUCCCCCUCAACUGCUAUGUCCUCCUCCUGUCCAGCAAGGUCAUCCACACCAACAACGCCCUCUACUUCGCCUUCCACUGGUUUGCCAUGAGCAGCACUUGCUACAACCCCUUCAUCUACUGCUGGCUCAACGAGAACUUCAGGGUCGAGCUGAAGGCAUUACUGAGCAUGUGCCAAAGGCUGCCCAAGCCCCAGGAGGAAAGGCCACCCUCCCCAGUCCCUUCCUUCAGGGUGGCUUGGACAGAGAAGAGCAGUGGCCGGAGGGCUCCGCUAGCCAACAACCUCCUGCCCUCCUCCCAACUACAGUCUGGGAAGACAGACCUGUCUUCUGUGGAGCCCAUCGUGGCAGUGAGUUAGGGGAGAGUGAGAAGAGGCAGGGGGCGAGCUCUCUCUCCAACUGAGGCUGGGAAAGGGCCUGAGGACAGAGACUGGAAAAGAAGCCUGUCCUCUCACCCAUGGCCCUCACAGUGCUAAAAACAAGGUCCUACAGAAGCCAUGGGAGUCUUCAUUUCCCAGGAAGCUCUGUCUAGCCUUCUACCCCAUUUGGUGUGAAAACUAAAAGGCAACACCCAAUUAGACAUGUGUUUGUGAAUUCCUGUCCAAGAAAUGCUGCAAAGCAUAUCACCUGGGUUCCCUGAGCCAGAGAACCCAGGGAAGCUGCAGCCCACAUGAGGGCUGAGUCAGCUGCCUGACAAUACUCCCUACCAUGGAACAUCCGCAAAGGACACCUGAGUCAUACUUGGGGUGUGGCUGACCCAGAUGCACAGAACUCUGCUUGAAAAAGGUUCAUGCCAGCAAAAGGUGAGUGAGCCAGAGAUGCCACGUUUUUUUCGCCUCACUUCCCAAAGUCCUGGGCCAGGAUGAAUCACAGCCGUGUGGUGGCUGGCUUGGGUACAUGACAAGACAGGGCCAAUUCAGUCCCUGAAAGCAAAGAGAAAUUACUGCGUUCUCUUAAAGAAUUAUUACUAUAAAACUUUGGAAAAUUUAGAAAAGCACAAAGAAGAAAACAAAAAUCACCCCGUUCUCCCACCAACUGUGAUGAGUUUUGUUAACGUGCUGUGGAUUCACUUGCAACUUUUUUCCUUUGUGUGUCUGUGCGCAUGCGUGUGUGCAUGUGUGUGCAUGCACUUUUCAUUCCGUUCUGAAUUACACUUUUCCCUGUAGAGAUAAGCAAGAAACAGGGCAUAGCAGGGAACUUCUGAGCCCCUCUCCCAGGAACAGUGUCCACGGGAAGAGUUGGAAGAAGAGGUGGGAGAGGAACACAAGGAGAAGGCUGUCAAAGCCAACAGACUGCCAUCAUCCUGUACCCAGUGGUGGGAAAGACCCAGAUGAAGUACCUCUUCUCAGAUGGCGGCCAUCGUGAUGAGCCAGGGAACAAAACUCAUCCAAGGAGGCAUAAUUCCUUCUCCUUUGCACUCACAUAGAACAAGAGGUGGUAAAAACACUGCCCUGCUUUUACAGGAGACGAUGGAGCAGUCUUUCCAACAUGCCAGAAAUAAUUGUACUUAGACACUUCAUCCCUGCAAGCUGUCUAGACAGGCCACUUCUCUGUGUUGUCUAAAUAAUAAGGCUUCUUCACGCCAGUUCCCUGAAGACAACUCACUUGUCAACAUCACCCUAGUGGCUCACGUGUCACUUACAGAAACCUACGACAUUGUGAUGGUCUUUAAGGACUCAACAUGCCAGAGAAAUAUCAUUCCAGAGACUGUUUUCAUCAUCGUUCAUCUGGUCUUGAGAGACUCACUAGGUCACCCGGAAGACAAAGGCAGAAUAGUGCUUAAUUCACCCACCCUAAGCAAUUGCCAUUCUCACACUGGUUUUAGGUUCCUUUCUAACACCAGAUAGACUUGAAAGCAAACAUGGAUAUGCAGCUGAGUAGAAAACUGAGGUUUGGGGAGAAGGGCUUUAUCCAAGGUUUACUUAGAUCUCUUGGCUGUUAAUUGAAAUUGAACUCGGUCUUAUCAUCUACUUUCCUAUAAUGAGACAUGGGGGUCCAUUAUACUAGUCUAUUUAUGAGAAUGUAUGAAAUGUUUGACUUCCAUGGGACAGAGAGGCUUCUAAGCCCGUAUGGAUCCCAAGAUGGAUUUUUCAGGCCAAAUGGCUCCCAUGCCUGUGCCUCCUGUCUCUGUGGUGUCCAGAAGUAGCUAAUCGUUUCAUCCUAAUGCUGCCAUGGAAAUUCUUUGAACUAGAAAGAGAAUAGGUAGCAAGACUACAGAUAGUUGGUCCUGCUCUGGAAUCAUGGGGAGAGCUUUGCUUUGCUCCUCUCUGAGGGAAUCUAGAAAUACUGCCGGGGCACCUGGGUGGCUCAGUCAGUUAAGCGUCUG